UUUGAUUUAUGACUAUUUGUUGAUCAUCAUUAACUUCAAACCACAAUCUACAAGCAAAUUAACACAGUUUAUUUGUAUUUCUGUGAAAUUUUAACAUUGUAUCCAAGAUCAUAUUAAGACAUCAUUGAUCUUGUGGAUAAUAUGGGCUCUUCAAUCUACUGUCUCUAAAUGGGCCAUUUAAACUUUUAAGCAGUAGGUUUAGGCCUAACCAUAACCUUAUAAUUAGUUAUAGCCUACCUAACAUAGUUUAGGCGGUUUUUUUAAACACCUUGUCAUAUUUUUAAACAUGGAUUUAAGAUCUUCAAGACUACACACUUAUGAAACUGGAGAUGAUAUCUUGUUGUAUGAUGAUGUUGUUUCACACUAUGAUGAGAGUCAGGCCUACAUAAGUGAUGAGAGCUUCGUCCCAGGAAGUGAACAUUUUGUUACCCCUGAGUACGCAGAUGGUGAAUUUCAAGAGCGAAGAACUAUAUUGGCUGAUGGUGGGGAUCAGUUUGGAGUUACAGCUGUCGCCUUUGACAGUCAAGAAGAGCUGCUUUGGAUGGGAAAUCAAGGAGGCCAUGUUACCUCAUACUACAGCUCCGAACUUCAGAAACACACCUCUUUCCAAGUCCAUGCAACUGAGGAUGUCCGAUGUUUACACACUUUUGAUAACGGAGUGUUAGCGUUGAUGCCGAGUGCAUUGCGCUGUCAAAUGCGCAGAGGAAUCCCCAUUUUUACUCACAGCUCAGAGAACAUGGUCCAGAUGCAAUGUUUGCUGCAGUUGUCUCCUCAGACUCUGCUUCUCGGAGGUCACACUCACAAACUCAUUGAGUUUGAUCUGAACAACUAUCAAGAAGUCAACCUGCUGGACGUAGGCAAGAACGGAUGUGCCAUACUGCGCCAACACAGUCGCUACAUCUGCUGCGGAGAUCCCAGCGGCCGCAUAGAGCUGAGGGCUCCCAACACUCUACGGGUGGAACACUCGCUGGAGGCUCACACUGGGAGUCUGUCUGACUUUGACAUCCACGGCAAUCUGCUGGUCACCUGCGGCUUCUCUAACAGACAAAGCGGACUGGUGGUGGACAGGUUCCUGAUGGUUUAUGACUUCCGAAUGAUGCGAGCCGUCAACCCAAUCCCCCUACUGUUGGAUCCACUGUUGUUGAGGUUUAUGCCUUCAUUCACCUCACGCAUUGCUGUCGUCUCAGCCAUUGGACAGCUUCAGCUGGUUGAUACUGUACCUCUGUCUGAACCUGACCUCACUGUCUACCAGGUUAACAGUGGAAAUUCCCUGUCUCUCUCCCUGGAUGUGUCCACGUCCUGCCAAGCCCUAGCUAUAGGAGACUCUGGGGGAAGUAUCCACCUGUUCUCGUCUCAGAACACUUCCGUCUUCAACAACUUCUCACAGCCGACAGAGUUUGCCGACCCCAUAGAGCCUGUAGAUUAUAUAAGCAUCACUGACUCACUGGCUAUCUUGUCCUCUAUUCCCCUCAUUUAUACCAAUCCUCCCACUACCACUCUGUCGGAUUGGCCUAAAGAGUUCCUCAAGAAUGUCUAUCGCCCCACGCCUCCUAUUGAUCCAGAAAUACUGAGGACAAUGAAGAUGCAAGGCACAAUCGGUUAUGCUCCAAACCCCAACACCAAGUUGCGAAAUCAGGUGCCGUACAACAGUAAGAAUGGAAUUACAACCAAAGACCACACAAAGAAUGAGGAGAACAGUCCGGUGUUUGCGGCUAUACCCAAGCGCUACCGUAAACUGGACCUGAGGUACUCCAAAUCUGACGACCUUGAGAUGGAACAGUACAACAAGACUGUGUUUAGUGGACUAGAGGCUACGCUGCCCAACUCUUACUGCAAUGCUAUGAUACAGGUUCUAUACUUCCUGGAGCCACUGAGACAUGUGAUUCUCUCCCACUUGUGUCACUCGGAGUUCUGCCUCAGUUGUGAGUUGGGGUUCCUGUUCCGCAUGUUGGACGUGAGCCGAGGGACGCCGUGUCAUGCGGGUAAUUUCCUGCGAGCUCUGCGCAACGCUCACGAGGCUGCCGCGCUGGGCCUCAUCCUGCCAGACCACGCUAGCAACAAGAAGACCAACCUCAUAGCUCUGAUACAGAAUUGGAACAGAUUCAUCCUGCACCAAAUUCAUUUCGAGUUGUUGGAGGAGAGUAAACGUAGAAGCAAAGAAAACCCGAAGGCACCUCCGUUUGUCUACAAGGACACUGACUUUCCUUCUAUCGACAUACAAAGACAGAAGAGGAAAGCUAGAAUGGAAAAUAGUGACGAGGCUCCAGUGAGUUCCAACAUAGAGAGCAAAGAGGAGGAGACGGAGAUCAGUCGGAUGUUCGGCACCAAGCAGAUACACGUACACAGAUGUCUCAAGUGUCAGAGAGAGGUUAGCAAAGAGUCCAGUCUGCUGGUCUGCAACCUCAUCUACCCGGACAAUGAAGCCUGUAAGCCUGUGCAGUUCUGUGAGGUGCUCAGUCAGAGUCUGUGUCCUCAGCAGACGACGCCAGCCUGGUGUGACCAAUGUGAGAGGUUCCAGCCGACGGAACAGUCCCGAAGGAUUAAGUCACUUCCUUCUCUGCUCACCGUCAACUGUGGCAUGGAUAACAAUCAGGAGAAGAACUUCUGGCAGACACAGAUGGACAUUCUGGUGAAGAACGCAGUGGACGUGGGAGGCAGUCCUGCAGGCAAGCCUUGUCGCUACGGUACAGCCUGCACAAGACCUGGCUGUCGCUUCAAACAUCCUGACCGGACAGGUGGUGGUAGUGGAGGGUCUCCCAGCCCUAGUCAUCUGUAUCAGUCACACUCCUGGCUACCUCAGCAUAUACAGGUGGACCUGAGAGCUAAUGGACAAGUCAACAUCACCAAGCUGGAUAGACCUGAUGACAUCGUAGCCACUGACAAGGAGACGUACGUACAGACGGAAGUGUACGACCUGUGCGCUGUGGUGUGCUACGUACACGAGGAGCGCAAGAACCUGGUGGGUCUGAUCAACGUAGGACCAGGCUACCACCAGCGGGCUGCCGGGUCCAGCAACAGUCAGUGGUACGUGUUCAACGACUUCAGCAUCACGCCGGUCAACAGCCAAGAGGUGGUGUGGUUCUCGCUGGACUGGAAGGUGCCGUGUGUGUUGUACUGGACCAAUCACGUGGUGACGCCUCAGGUUCUGCCGUCACCUAGGCUGGACCUGCCUGUGGACAUCUUGGCCGCUGAGACUUGUCUGGCGACGUCGGGCAGAGGCAUUACAUUCACACCCCUCACCACUGAGGAGGCUCCUGGGCCUGGUGAUUUAGUGGCGAUGGACGCAGAGUUCGUGACACUCAACCAAGAAGAGUCGGAACUGAGGAGUGACGGAAAAACAGCCACAGUAAAACCUUCCCACAAGUCUGUGGCUCGUAUCUCCUGCAUCAGAGGGCAAGGGCUGCAGAAAGGAGUGCCAUUCAUAGACGACUACAUCUCCACACAAGAACAAGUGGUUGACUAUCUGACAAAGUUCUCUGGUAUCAAGCCGGGAGAUCUGGAUGCUAACUACAGCUCCAAACACCUCACUACGCUCAAGUCUACCUACCUCAAACUGCGCUACCUGGUGGAUAACGGGGUCGUCUUUGUCGGCCAUGGACUGCGCAAUGACUUUAGAGUGAUCAACCUAAUCGUCCCUCAAGACCAAGUGAAGGACACAGUACAUUUGUUCCAUCUUCCUCACCAACGCAUGGUGUCACUUAGAUUUCUGGCGUGGCAUUUCCUAGGCAAAAAGAUCCAAUCAGAAACCCAUGACUCGAUAGAAGAUGCUAGAGCUGCGUUACAACUGUACGAGAAAUACCAGGAACUUGAGGCGAAGAACGUUGUACGGCAAACUUUGGAGGAUAUGUACAAACAAGGCAUCUCGUCCCAAUGGAGGGUACCUGAGGAUUAGGACUAGGAACAAAUGUGAUAGGAGCAAUGCAGGUGCUGAAUUAAACCCGUGCUGAAAUGGUAUUUAAUUUUUUUUU